AUGGUUGCAGCUAGUGCCACAUUCUGCGACCCCACUUCCGAAUAUGCUAGUAUUUGUUAUUGUGUUGAUCCUAAUGCUCUAGCUACAGUAGCUGGUUGUUAUCACAUAGCUAAUAGAAUCUCCGAAAAUAACGUUAAUGGCUUAAGUGCAAAUUGUGAGGAAUAUGGUGUUACCAUUUCGUUUGACCAAUUCGAAGCAGCAUAUGAUAAUUAUACUUCCCUUGCGAAGGAUCCAUCUGAUAUCAAGAACUUCAAUGCCACUGUCCCUGUUACUAUGCCAGUCAAGUUAAACGAAACACUUGUUAAGUUGUACAUAGAUGCUUAUGACCAAUUCUUAGGCAAUUAUGAUGAUUCGUUAUAUUACGGCUCGGGUGUUCUUGGUUAUUGGGCACUUGUCUUCUUAAUUGUUACAGUUGUAAACUGGACCAAAAUAAUAUCCCCUGG